UCCUAGCCCCAGGGGCAUUCUAUAUUGCAAACUCCAUCUUGGCAGAACCUGUCUCCGGAGCCUCGUCCUUGCAUUGCGGCAUCUGUCAGUGACGCACGACACCCCACCAGAAUGUCGUUCCCAUAUCCUGGCUUCCAAGGAUUCCCAGGGUAUCCAGGUGGAGACCCUUCCUUCCCACCAGGUGGUCAGCAACAGCCUUUCCCUGGUGGGCAGUUUCCUGCUGCAGGAGGUGGUGCUUACCCACCAGCAUCUGGUGGGGGGUUUCCAGCGGCAGGUGGAUACCCAGCUCCUGGUGGCUAUCCUGGGGGCAUGCCUUCUUACCCUGGAGCUCAAGGUUUUGGGGCACCUGCUGGAGCUCCAGGAUAUGGUGCUCCUGGCGCACCUGGCUAUGGAGCACCCCAGGCAGGUAGUGGAUUUGGUGCACCUGGAUAUGGGGCCCCUGCAGGAGGCUUUGGAGCUCCUCAAGCUGGUGGAUAUGGAGCACCUGCUGCCGGAGGUUAUGGAGCACCUGCUGCCGGAGGUUAUGGAGCACCUGCUGCCGGAGGUUAUGGAGCACCUGCUGCCGGAGGUUAUGGAGCACCAGGUGCACCUGGUGGGGCACCAGGAUAUGGAGGAUACCAACAACCUGGUGUACAAAGCUAUGGUGGUGGAGGACCCGGACAAAUGCCAGGUGGUUAUCCAACCGGGCCGGCUCCAGGCCAGGCUCCUACGGUUAGUGUGCAGCAUCAGCCUUAUGCUGCAGCCAUGACUGCCACUCAAGGCACCAUCAGACCUGCAGCCAAUUUUGAUGCAUUGGGUGAUGCUGAAAAGCUGCGUAAAGCAAUGAAAGGAUUUGGAACUGAUGAGCAAGCCAUAAUUGAUGUUGUGUCUAACCGUUCCAAUGACCAGAGGCAGAAGAUAAAGGCUGCGUUCAAGACUGCUUAUGGAAAGGAUUUAAUUAAAGACUUGAAGUCUGAAUUGAAUGGUAAUGUUGAAGAGCUCAUCGUUUCUCUGUUCAUGCCUCCCACUUACUAUGAUGCAUGGAGUUUGUAUCACGCCAUGAAGGGGGCAGGUACUCAGGAGCGAGUACUGAUUGAGAUUCUGUGCACCAGAACAAACAUUGAAAUAAAAAAUAUUGUUGCAUGUUACAAGUCUGAAUUUGGGAGAGACAUUGAGAAGGACAUCCGAUCAGACACUUCGGGUCACUUUGAAAGACUGCUUGUAUCAAUGUGCCAGGGAAAUCGUGAUGAGAGUCAAAAUGUUAACCUUCAGCAAGCUGAACAAGAUGCCCAGCGCCUCUACCAGGCUGGAGAAGGAAAGCUUGGCACAGAUGAGUCCUCCUUCAAUUUGGUGUUGGCAAGCCGGAGCUUUCCCCAACUGAAAGCCGUGACUGAGGCAUACGCCAGGAUUUCCAAGCGAGACUUGCUCAGUACCAUUGGCAGAGAAUUCUCUGGUUAUAUAGAAGAUGGUCUAAAAGCCGUUUUGCAGUGUGCCAUCAACCGUCCAGCUUUCUUUGCUGAAAGACUUUACCGUUCUAUGAAGGGAGCGGGAACAGACGAUUCUGCUUUAAUUAGAAUUAUUGUCACCCGCAGUGAGAUUGACCUUGUGCAGAUUAAACAAGCCUUCACACAAAUGUACCAAAAAACACUUGCCACAAUGGUUACAAGUGAUACCACUGGCGACUACAGACGUCUGUUGUUAGCCAUUUGUGGCCAGUAAGAUCCAUCCUGUGAAUAAAGUGUGCUGAAGAAUACUUUGUUUAUAAAUAUAUUUAGAAGGAAAUUAUACAUUACAUAUGUUUAGAAAUGGGUCCCAAGUGUCAAUUUAAAGCUCCACUAUAGCUUUCUAGUCCUGACCCUGUGUUGUGCAUUUUUAUAUAUACAUGCCUUAUUAAAAGUAUUUUGUAAACCCAUGAAAUCAAAUUUUAAAAUACUUGGUGCGAUGUGGCCCUGAUAUAACCUGUACAUACAGAUACAGUUCCAUAUUCUAGCUGUGCAACCAACGCCGCUACGUGUAAGAACACCGCCAUCUUUUGGACACUGAUGCGGAGAUAUCUGUGCCUAAUAUCUUGUUUCAUGGAUCGACAUGUUAAUGCACUUAUAGCAUGAAUAAAUGUAUAAUAGAUUUUUCUAACAACGUUA